AUGGGCGCAACAAAGUUUCUACGCCAGCUCAAGUACGACCUGUUGGCCGCACUUGUGGAAUUCAUGGGUACACUGCUGUUUCUCCUCCUUGGCCUGGGUGGUAUUCAAGCUGCAGCAACUGCCAACAUAGCUCAUCAAUCAGCCCAAGAUGCCGUCGUUAAAACUGCCAGCAUGCAACAGUUGAUCUACAUUGCGACAUCUAUGGGUUUGGCCCUUCUUGCAACGGCUUGGACGUUUUUUCGAGUAUCCGGUAGUGUCUUCAAUCCCAACAUUGCGCUUGCUCUUCUUCUCACGGGUGCCUUAAGUCCUUUGAGAUUUGUCUUAUACGUUGGCGCUGAGAUACUAGGUGCCAUCGCAGCUUCAGGAUUGAUCAACUCUCUUCCUGGCAAACUGGCAGUCAACUGCUCCCUCCAUCCUCAAAUAUCACCCGCCCAGGGUGUUGUAAUUGAGGCCUUCCUCACCGCCGCUUUAACUCUUACCGUGUUGUUCAUCGCCGUCGAAAAACAUCGUUCCACUCCGUUUGCCCCAUGUGCAAUUGGUCUGGUACUUUUUGCCACUCAUUUGUUUGGCGUGGUCUACACCGGAGCAGCUAUGAACUCGGCACGAGCCUUCGGUCCUGAUGUGGUCACUUCAUUUCAACCUCAUCAUUGGGUAUAUUGGGUUGGUCCUACAGUGGGCUCUGUGGUUGCAACUCUGAUCUACUAUUUCUUGAAAGCAGUAGACCUUUAUGCGCUCAACCCUAAACAAGACUCCGAAGACCUUGAAGAUUCCCCUGACUAUGCAGGAAUUGAGGUUGUCCGGCGACGCAACAGUUUGACCCCGACCACGACAAGCCAUGGGAGGUCGCACACGGCGAAUCAUUCUCAAAAGUUUGUUGACCCUAUCAGCAUGAUGCCUGUUCACAAAUAUCCCGGCUCGCAGUAUCAGGCCCCAAGCCAGGCUUACCUGCCAACCUCGGAUAGCAGACGAGAUUUCAGUUACAACCAUGACGUAAUAAGCCCUCGAAGUAGCCACUUCCCCGAAAAGCAAGGAAAGUCUUCUGGCGAAGGCUUGCACCAUGAGGAUGACCGUGCCCGACAUUCAUACUUACCAUCGCUCGCGCCAAGGCAAUCUCGAAAGCGGUACAAUCCCCCAGCUGCGUACGCCGAAGGCUCAAACACGACGUUGCAUGAUCACAAACCAUCCGAUGAUUGCAAAGAAAUUCCGAUUUGGUCUCCAUACCUUGCCCAUCAACGACCUGAUAACCUGUGCUGA